GACACGCAUAGUUCUUGCGUAUCCUUCAGUCUCAAACGUUGUCUCGACAGAAGGGGGACUGCUGCGAUCCGCUUCAGCUAUUCGCUUGCUGCUCUCAGGUCCCAAACCAAAUCUCUUCGGCGUGCGUGCGCUCCUUCUUGCCCCCACGUCUGGAUCCCUGUCAGCUCACUGCAUCACCACGGUCUCCCAAACGACGUCAGCUCAAAGCUCAGUCUGCAAAGCGCUAAUGAGUCGCGCGAAUAUUUUGCUUUUAGCGUUCCUCUUCGGUAUUUUCUAUCCUACUACUGCCAGCAACUCCAAGUCCAGACAAUAUGGUGAUCCUUACAUCAAUUUCAAUGAUGGACCUGAUAUGCCUGUCACCUCUGAGAGACGCGAGGAAACGCGUUGCGCAGUAAAUCACUACUGGCGAGCAGUGUGCCCCGAAAUGACUCGUUUUGAUCUGAAAGGUCCAUGGCAUACGUCUUUCCGCGAUCCCUGGGUGCAUUUGACAGGUGUGGCCAGGAAUCGCGAACGAGGAAAGCUUCCAUCGCCGGUAUACACCGCUACAAUGACACACCAUAUUCAUCUUGCGCCGGGUCAGACGCACGUCGAUAACAGCGGGCAGGUCCAGACGUCCCCUUACGAUGAUGCGGCGCUGCGUGCCACCGCCGAAGCUGAGAUAGGCUCGAGCUCUCCCAGAUUGGAGCGCGAGAGGACCCUGGCUUUGCUACGCUCGGUCAACAUACUCGAACAUGAUGGAUCUCAACAAUCAAAGUCGUACCGGGGUCAUGGUCAUGGUUCUGCUGCGCCUGUAGGCUCGGAUCGGGACAUAGCCAAAGCAAAUUCGGCUCGUCGGGCUCGUCGAAUAGCGCAUUUCUCGACGAUCAACGCUUCUGAUCGUAUGCCUGCUGCAGCACAUUUUAGAGGCGUCGGCAAGUCGGAUCAAAUCUCGCAUGCAGAUCUGCUCUCGAACGGCGAUGGGGCUUCUAAUACUGCACGAGGUACCUUUACGAAAGCUGUUCCGUCACAAGAGAGUCGCCAUGCAUUUCCUCUCCCUCAGCGGAGGGAAGAUUCUAGACUGCCGGCGCAAUCCUCUGUUCGAGAUGUCAGCGCACCUGCGUCCAGCCGCUCACCUCCAGAACUCAGCUGGUCUCAGGUGGCAAGGGGAGCUGCAGCCCGUAACCGCAUAGGAAGCAUGUCGAUCGGCGGCGCGAACGUCGCUCAGGGCUUAGCCUUACGCGUUGCUUCCAAUCCCCAAAGUGGAUCUCGGACUUUGCAGAACGCGACACCUAUAAGUCAUGCGAGCGCAAUGGAGCGGCCGGAUGCAAUUCCAGAGGCGCGCAAGAAUGACGCUCGAGGGCACAAGUCUCCAAGCAGCAGCAAGUUGAGCGAUGCUCAUCAUACAUCUCAUCUAGCCAAGGCUACAGCGCCUGGGCGGCUCUCUUGGUCGGAAGUCGCUGGUCGUUUGGGACAAGACGUGACGAGCGGAAAGCUUCAUGGCACGGUCGAACGGCUGCCUCGAUAAGCUCACAAGCUUGUAAGCCUGCGAUGUGCCAUCAGAACCCUUGCGCAGCUUCGUCCUCAGCCGUGCGAGGUCAAUGCUCCAGCCAAUGCGUAGCUCCAGCGCAUGAUUUGCGGCUCGAUCAGAUUCAAAAGGACCAGAGCAUUCGUUCGAAAAGCGACGCUUUCUCGAAAAUAUUUCCGCGCACAUCUCGUGGUCUUCG